AUGGUCGCCUUCACAAUUGAACAGAUCCGUGAUUUGAUGGACAAAGUCGCCAAUGUGCGUAACAUGUCCGUCAUUGCUCACGUCGAUCACGGUAAAUCCACUUUGACCGAUUCGUUGGUCCAAAGAGCCGGUAUUAUUUCCGCCGGUAAAGCUGGUGAAGCCAGAUUUAUGGACACCAGAAAAGAUGAACAAGAGAGAGGUAUUACUAUCAAGUCCACUGCCAUUUCUUUGUACGCCUCCAUGGAUGAUGAUGACGUUAAGGAAAUCAAGCAAAAGACCGAUGGUAACUCUUUCUUGAUUAACUUGAUUGACUCCCCCGGUCACGUUGACUUUUCUUCUGAAGUCACCGCUGCUUUGCGUGUGACCGAUGGUGCUUUGGUUGUCGUUGACACUGUUGAAGGUGUGUGUGUGCAAACCGAGACUGUGUUGCGUCAAGCUUUGGGUGAGAGAAUUAAGCCAGUUUUGGUUGUGAACAAGGUUGAUCGUGCUUUGUUGGAAUUGCAAGUUUCCAAGGAAGACUUGUACCAAACCUUUGCUAGAACCGUCGAAUCCGUUAACGUUAUCAUCUCUACCUACGUUGACCCUGCUCUUGGUGACGCCCAAGUUUACCCAGACAAGGGUACCGUUGCUUUCGGUUCCGGUUUGCACGGAUGGGCUUUCACCGUCAGACAAUUUGCUCUUAGAUACUCCAAGAAGUUUGGUGUUGACAGAGCUAAGAUGAUGGAAAGAUUGUGGGGUGACUCUUUCUUCAACCCAAAGACCAAGAAGUGGACUAACAAGGAUAAGGAUGCCGAUGGAAAGCCAUUGGAGAGAGCUUUCAACAUGUUCGUGUUGGACCCUAUCUUCAGAUUGUUCGCUGCCAUCAUGAACUUCAAGAAGGAUGAAAUCCCAACCUUGUUGGAAAAGUUGGAAAUUAACUUGAAGAACGAGGAGAAGGAAUUGGAAGGUAAGGCUUUGUUGAAGGUUGUCAUGAGAAAGUUCUUGCCAGCUGCCGAUGCCUUGUUGGAAAUGAUUGUUCUUCACUUGCCAUCCCCUGUCACUGCUCAAGCUUACAGAGCUGAGACUUUGUACGAAGGUCCAUCUGACGAUGAGUUCUGUACUGCCAUCAGAAACUGUGACCCCAAGGCCGACUUGAUGUUGUACGUCUCCAAGAUGGUGCCAACCUCCGAUAAGGGUAGAUUCUACGCCUUUGGUCGUGUUUUCGCUGGUACCGUUAAGGCUGGUCAAAAGAUUAGAAUUCAAGGUCCUAACUACACCCCAGGUAAGAAGGAAGAUUUGUUCUUGAAGUCUAUUCAAAGAACCGUUUUGAUGAUGGGAAGAAACACCGAAGCUAUCGAUGACUGUCCUGCUGGUAACAUUGUUGGUUUGGUUGGUGUUGACCAAUUCUUGUUGAAGUCUGGUACCAUCACCACUAACGAGGCUGCUCACAACAUGAAGGUUAUGAAGUUCUCUGUCUCCCCAGUUGUGGAGGUUGCCGUCGAGGUUAAGAACGCCAAUGACUUGCCCAAGUUGGUUGAAGGUUUGAAGAGAUUGUCCAAGUCCGACCCAUGUGUUAAGACUUACAUGUCCGAAUCCGGUGAGCAUAUUGUUGCCGGUACUGGUGAAUUGCACUUGGAAAUUUGUUUGUCUGAUUUGCAAAAUGACCACGCCGGUAUUCCAUUGAGAAUUUCCGACCCCGUGGUUGCUUACAGAGAGACCAUUCAAGCCGAAUCUUCUAUGGUUGCUUUGUCCAAGUCCCCUAACAAGCAUAACAGAAUCUACGUCAAGGCUCAACCUAUCGACGAGGAAGUUUCCUUGGACAUUGAGAAUGGUAUCAUCAACCCAAGAGACGAUUUCAAGGCUAGAGCCAGAAUCUUGGCUGAUAAGCACGGAUGGGAUGUUGCUGAGGCCAGAAAGAUCUGGUGUUUCGGUCCCGAUGGUAACGGUCCUAACUUGGUUGUUGACCAAACCAAGGCCGUCCAAUACUUGAAUGAAAUCAAGGAUUCCGUUGUUGCUGCUUUCCAAUGGGCUACCAAGGAAGGUCCUAUCUUUGGUGAGAACGUCAGAUCUGUUAGAGUUAACAUUUUGGAUGUUACCUUGCACGCUGAUGCUAUUCACAGAGGUGGUGGUCAAAUCAUUCCAACCAUGAGAAGAGUUACUUACGCUUCCAUGUUGUUGGCUGAGCCAGCUAUCCAAGAACCAGUUUUCUUGGUUGAGAUCCAAUGUCCUGAAAAUGCCAUUGGUGGUAUCUACUCUGUGUUGAACAAGAAGAGAGGUCAAGUUGUGUCUGAAGAACAAAGACCAGGUACCCCAUUGUUCACUGUUAAAGCAUACUUGCCUGUUAACGAGUCUUUCGGUUUCUCUGGUGACUUGAGACAAGCUACUGGUGGUCAAGCUUUCCCUCAAUUGGUGUUCGAUCACUGGGCCGUCUUGAGUGGUGAUGUCACUGACCCAACCUCGAAGCCAGGUAUUAUUGCCAAGGCCAAGAGAGAACGUCAAGGUUUGAAGCCUGAAGUUCCUGGUUACGAGGAGUACUACGACAAGUUGUAA